CGUAUCUCAGUAAACGUAGUUAUGCAACCAAUAUUACGUGUAAGAGUUUUAUAGUAUCUCCGAUUUAUGAAAAACAACCGUAGAAAAUCAUCGUAUCUUGAGUUACAAUAGUCUUCGUUGUUAUCUGAGGCGAUAGCAUAGGUAUCGUAACAUGAGUUACUACGGUAUUCUGCGUUAGUUUAAGGUUAUGUUCAAAAGUUAAGUUUUGUUAUAAUUGCCAUAAUGUGUUCCAGAAGUGAGUUAAUAUUGGAAUUAGCUGAGAAAGCGUAUAAAAACACUGAAACGGAUAUUUCUUAUCGUUCUUUUGAAGGUAAACAUAUUGCUGAAAGUAUUGUAGAAGAAAGCAAAUACAAAAAGGCGAAUGAGGAUCCUGGUGACCACGAGACUGAUAUUAAUCCUGAAUGUUUUACAGUAAGCUUAGAAGAGAAUGAAGCCAAUAGGAAUGAAAAUGAAAUAAUUGAGAAUGAAAGCGAUGAGGAACCAUUUCAUGCAGACUCUGAUACUGACCCAGAUUACAUUCCGACAGGUUGGUUUAAAUUCCGCAUGAAAAAAUAUUACGUAGGCAUUUACCUCAUUUUUGUUUAAUUUUAGUAAGCGUAGAAGA